AUGGCCCCGCCGGCGGGCGGUUCGUCGGCGCCUGCGGGCUCGGAGCCAGGCUCGUCCGCCGUGCUCCUGGCAGUUCACGCUGCCGUGAGGCUGCUGGGCACCGUGCCGGAAACCGAGGCGCAGCUGCGGAGGCUGCAACUGAGUGCCGACCCGGGGCGGCCCGGGCGCUUCCGGUUGGAGCUGCAAAGCGCGGGGCCCGGUCAGGUCAGCCUGGAGUGGCCCUUAGAGGCGGUCUCCUAUACUGUCCGUGGCCCCUGCCUGCAUGAGCUGCAGCCUCCACCGGGAGGGCCCGGCGCCUUCAGCCUCCUCUUCACCAGUGCUCAGGAAGCUCAGCGGUGGGCAGCGCUGGUCCGAGGCGCCUCCUCUGAGAGGCAAAAUGGCAGUAGCAGUCCGCCCCCAGCCCAGGACCCAGAGACCUGCCCUGUUUUCCCUCCCAGCUUCCCCGAAGCCCCUCCCCCCCUGGCCCCCCAACCUCAGGGGGAUUCUCCCUCGUGGUCUGGAGACACAAUGCAGAAAGAGCUGGUGGGGCGCCUGGCCCACGCUAUAUCCAGCGGGGAUGAGAAGGGUGCAGCCCAAGCGGCGGCUGCCCUGGCUCAGUGCCAUGUGGCCUUGAGUAUCCAGCUCCAGGAGUCUUGCUACCCACCUGGCCCCAUCAGGCUGCAAGUCACAGUUGAAGACGCCUCAUCAUCUGCCCACGUCACACUCCAGGUCAACCCCCACUGCACCAUCGCAGCCCUACAGGAGCAGAUGUUCUCCGAGUUUGGCUUCCCACCGGGCGUACAGCGCUGGGUGGUGGGGCGGUGCCUGUGUGUGCCAGAGCGCAGCCUUGCCUCCUAUGGCGUGCAGCGUGAUGGGGACCCUGCACUCCUCUAUCUGCUCUCAGCCCCUCAAGAAGCCUUAGGAUGCAGUCCUCGGCGCCCUUGCAAGACCGAUGGGGAGUUGGGCCGUCUGUUUCCCCAGUCACUGGGGCUGCCCCGAGCCCGGGAGCCCACCAACUCCAGCCUCCCCAGGACCCUUCAGCCCGGCUGGUCCUGCCCUUCCUGCACCUUCAUCAAUGCCUCGUGCCGGCCUGGCUGUGAGAUGUGCAGCACCCAGAGGCCAAGAGCCUGGGACUCUCCUGCAGCUUGCACCCAGCAGCCAUUAAAGGCAUGUCUGGACCUCCUGUGA